UUAAGCCUGGACCCGUCCACAUGACGAAGCUCUUUUUUUCGACUUAAAGGGUUCUUUAAAUCGAUUUCUUUACUCCACCUCCGACUAGGGGAUUAGUGCUGAAAUCAGCCUUGCCAGGAUGAAUUUGGGGUAGUGUGGACGCAAUUCGACGGUAUUGGCCUCCUGGAGCUAUCCCAGAGUGCUCCAUUGUGACCGCUCUGGACAGCGCUCUCAACUCAGAUGCACUGGCCAGGUAGACAGGAAAAGGCCCGUGAACUUUUGAAUCUCAUUUCCUGUUUAGCCAGCAUGGCAAGGUGCAGGUGAGUGCAGAUUUCAUCAGCAGAGGUGACCAUGAUGGAGUCCCAGGAUCACAAAAGAGCUCCAGCAUGGACCGAAUGGGAGGUAUGGGAUCUGCUCACCAUAUGGGGAGACGAAUCCAUGCUAGCUGAACUCCAUUCCAGUAAAUGAAAUGCCAAAACAUUUGAAAAAGUCUCAAAGGGCAUGAAGGACAGAGGCCAUAACAGGGACGCAAAGCAGUGCCACGUGAAAAUUAAGGAGCUAAGGCAAGCCUACCAAAAAAACAGAGAGGCAAAGGGCCACUCCAGAUCAGAGCCCCAAACAUGCCGCUUCUAUGAUGAGCUGCAUGCCAUGUUAGGGGGUGCAGCCACCAGUACCCCAACCCUGUGCUUUGACUCCAUCAAUGGAGAAUCACGCAACACAGAAGCGGGUUUUGGGGACGAGGAAGAUGAUGAUGAAGACAAUGAAGAGAGCUCACAGCAAGGAAGCGGAGAAACCAGUUUCCCCAACAGCCAAGAUAUGUUUUUCACCCUGGACCUGGAGCCAGUAACCCCCGAACCCACCCAAGGUGUGCUCCUGGACUCUGAAGGCAGAGAAGGGACCUCUGCUGCAAAUGUUUCUCCUUCGCAGAGGCUAGCAAAGAUUAGAAGGUGAAAAAAACGCACUCGGGAUGAAAUGUUCUCUGAGCUCCUGCUGUCCUCCCACAUUGACAGAGCACAGAAGAAUGCGUGGAGGCAGACAAUAUCAGAGUGCAGGAAAGCACAAUAUGAACGCAAGAAGAGAUUGUGGGCUGAAGAGAGUAAGUGGCGGGCUGAAGAUGAUAGGUGGCAUCAGCUUGCUGACAGAAGGCAAGAGUCGAUGCUCAGACUGCUGGAAGAUCAAACUCAUAUGCUCCAGCGUAUGGUUGAGCUGCAGGAAAGGCAGCAGGAGCACAGACUGCCACUACAGCCCCUGUGUAACCAAUAGCCCUCCUCCCCAAGUUCCAUAGCCUCCUCACCCAGAUGCCCAAGAACGCGGUGGGGAGGCCUCUGGCCACCCAGCCACUCCACCCCAGAGGAUUUCCCAAGCAACAGAAGGCUGGCCUUCAAUAAGUUUUUAAGUUUUAAAGUGAAGUGUGGC